UAUCAAGACGCGAAAGAGCUUUUUUUAGAAGCACUCGGUAUCAUGAUAGAGACGGGAGAUGCAGGAGGAGAACUACGUUGUUCGCUAGCCCUAGGCAAAGUGCUUCCGUUUCUCGGCGAGUUUGCUAAGGCCCGACCAUAUCUCGAGAAAGCAAUUGCAAUUGCUAAGGAAAUUGGCGACAGGGAAAAAGAGGAGGUAUGUCACGCGUACCUGGGAGCAGUGUUCAAUCGUCUUGGUGAGCAUUACAGGGCUGAAGAAUGUUACAGAAGAGCACUUUGCUACGCAAAGGAAUUAGGCAACCACAGUAACGAAGCCACCUACUUAGGAGGCUUAGGAGUUGCGUUUGUGUGUCGCCAUCAAUUCAAUAAGGCGGAAGAAGUUUACGAAAAAGAACUUACCAAGAGAAGGGAAAUGGGUGACAAAAAGGGGGAGGCCAGCUGCUUAACAAGACUAGGAAGUGUGAUUUGGUCAGUCCAUGACCUUGUCAAGGCUGAAGAGUACUUCGAAAAAGCACUAGUUAUUGCAAAAGAAAUUGGCGACAAGAAAGGGGAGGCAAUUAAUUAUGAACAUCUAGGAAAUGUGUACAAAUCUCUCAGGAAAUUUUCAAAGGCUAAAGAAUUUUACGAACAAGCAGUUGCAUUAUGGCAAGAAUCUGGCAACAGAACUGGAGAACCAAAAAGCUAUAGUUGUCUAGGAGGGGUGUUAGUUUCCCUCGCUGAUGAUGCAUCAGCUAAAAAGUGUUAUCAAAAAGCAAGGACAAUUAGUUUAGAGACUGGUAACACAAAGGAAGCUUUACUAAAUUGCAUACGAAUAGCAGGAGCUUGUUAUUCUCUCGGUGAGUUUGCCACGGCCAAAGAAUAUUUUGAAAAAGCGCUGGCAAUCGCAGUAACAACUGGCGAGAGAAAAGUAGAAGCUUUUUGUUAUACAACUCUUGGAACAGUGUUUGGUUCUCUCAAAGAGGACCACAAGGCGAGUGAAUACUACAAAAAAGCGCUUGCCAUCGCAAGAGAAAUUGGUGACAGAAGCGGAGAAGCAAACGUGAGUUUUCUCCUAGGAUGUUUGUUACCAAAACUCUUUGAAUAUCGCAAGGCUAAAGAAUAUACACAGAACGCAUUGUUGCAUUGGAAAGAAAUGGGCGACAGACUUAAAGAAGCUUAUUGUUACGAUAGUCUUGUCUCUACUUGUUGUUCCCUAGGUGAAUUUUCCGAAGCUGAAGAAUAUUACGAGAAAUCACUUGCAUUGAGCUGUAAGGCUGGAGACAUUGAAAGUGAGGUAAGAAGCCACCUUGAUUGGUUAUUAAUCAAGCUAUCGCAGGGGAACUUACAUGAGGCUGAAUCGCAUAUCUCGGCCAGCGUUUCUGGGUAUGAGGAUAUGCUAAACGCGAUGGGAGGUAAUGAGCAGUUCAAGAUGUCGUUUCUGGAUAAAAAUUUAAGUGAUUACCACGUUUUCAGUUUACUUCAUAUUGUAAAAGGGAGGCAUGCUAAAGCUCUUCAAACUGAAGAACUUGCCCGAUCCAGAGCAUUGGUGGACUUAUUAUCAACUCGUUACUCUGUGGAAGGUCAAACGUCCACCAGUGCACAGGCAUACGUUGAUCUUCAUGAAAUCGUAAAUAAUGAACGUAACAGUGUUUUUCUGUAUCUUUCGUAUCCGUAGAAAACGUUCCUGUGUACGUGGAUUCUUGCAGCAGACAAACCGAUACGCAAUCGAACAAUUAACAUCAGGGAAUAUUUAGGUAGUGAGUUUUCGUCAAGAGGCGUCGAUGAAGUUCUUAGCAACGAAACCUGGAGAGAAGUCCUAGUUGAAAACCAGUGCGAAGAUCGAUCUUGGUUUCCUUCGAACGCCUGCAGCUCCACCCAGAAAGAAUUUCCCAAACUGCAAAAAGGGAAGGAUGAACACCAAUCACCAGAACAUACUCUUGUUGACUGUUACAAAAUGAUCAUCGCUCCUGUAGUUGAUUCGCUCGUUGAGUCCGAAAUUAUUGUUGUUCCCGAUCGCCUCUUUUUUAACGUUCCAUUUGCAGCACUGCAGGAAGAAAAUGGAAGGUAUUUAUCAGAGAGUUUCAGGAUCCGCAUCGUGCCCUCUAUGACUUCUCUGAAGCUCAUUCAUGACAGCCAAGAAGAUUAUCACAGUCACACUGGUGCACUGAUAGUGGGGGAUCCCGAGGUUGGAAGCGUGCUGUUCAAGGAAAGUAUUGAGAAGGUAUCGAGGCUGCCUUCUGCAAGCGAAGAGGCAGAGAUGAUUGGAAAACUUCUCGGUAUUCAACCUCUGCUAGGAAAGCAAGCAACCAAGCAGGCGAUUCUUGAAAGCAUGAAUUCAGUGAGUCUGAUACAUAUCGCUGCCCAUGGUGAUGCUGAAAGAGGGGAAAUUGUCCUCGCCCCUCCACCCGCCAUUAACAGGACUCCAGAAGAGGACGACUACUUGUUGACAAUGGCUGAAAUUUCCCAAGUUCGGCUUCGAGCAAAACUUGUGGUCCUUAGCUGCUGUCACAGUGCAAAAGGACAAAUCAGAGCAGAGGGAGUUGUUGGAAUUGCUCGAGCGUUUUUAGGAUCCGGUGCACGCUCAGUGUUGGUGGCACUGUCGGCCAUAGACGACGAAGCAACAUUGCGGUUCAUGAGUCGUUUCUACGAGCACCUUGUUCAUGGGGAAAGUGCCAGUGAAUCUCUUCACCAGGCCAUGAAGUGGAUGAGAGAAAACGGAUACUCCAAAGUGGGGCAAUGGGCUCCUUUCAUGCUGAUUGGAGAUAACGUGACAUUUGAUUUUGGAGCGAAAGGUUGGUAUCAA